UCAGAGGUUAUACCCAGCAGGGGAAUGUCAAGCAUCUGUCUGACUGAACAGGGAGGAGCUGUGAAACUUGGCUGCAGGCAGUUCAUUCCUGUGCUGAUGGCAACGUUUUAACAAACAUUUCGUCUUCGACCACGUCAAAAUCAAGUGGGAGCUGAAAACGUAGCAAACCCGCUUUCGGGCAUUUAGUGUAUACAAGUUAGUGUUUAUUACAAUGGGAAGCUGGAAGAAUCACGUGCGCGCUCGACUGCAACAGAGAGACCAAACUGAGAAACUACCAUACGUUGGCGUUUUCACAAGCUUGUCUCAGCUGGAGGAACGUUUUGAAAUUCGCAAACACAUUUUGGAUGAUGUUCAGUCUAAGAGUUUAGAACGAGAUGGGGUUGAAGUUGGGAAAAACACCAGACUCCUUCAACUCCAACUGAGAGAGAGUGAACACCUGGCAGAAAAGCUGUCUCAGACUGUCUCCGACCUGACCACCGUCCUGUAUCUGAAAGAGGCUGAACUGCAAUACUGGCAGUCACGUGUGUCCCACUACCGUCAAGAGGCUCUUACUCUGGCUAAAGGGAGUAACACCCUGAAGGCGACCUUUUCCGAAUUUGAGUUCACCACAGAGUGUCAAUCCAAAGAGUUGGCAGCCCUGCGCGAGGAGCAGAAAGGACUAAAGGAAGCGUUGGCACAGGCUUGGAGAGAGAAAGAAGAACUCUUACAACGAUGGAUGGAGGAGAAGAGGGAGGAGGCAGACAGGUUGAAUAAGUACAACGACACACAGGAAAAGUGGCAACGUUUGGCCAAACAGCUGAAGAAGCACCUCCAUAGGGAAAUGGGAAAAGAGCGUGUUCCCAAAGUGACGAGCUGAUGGAGUAGUACAAUAGAAACGUCUCCAUCACUCAUUCAGAGUAAGAAUCAGUGUUCUCUUCAAAACAUGAAUGCAUAAUGCAGUAGGUGCAAACAAACGGCUGCCUCUUAAUUUAAAACCAUUACUUUACUCCAGUGCUGCCCACACGGAUCCUGGUAGGCACCAAUAGCCUUCAUCAAGACCAUCCUUAUGACCCUCUUAGUUAAGAAGGUGUAGUUGAUGAGGAAAAAAAGGGUUUUUUAAUGGUGAAUGGUUAUCAUGAUUAACGAAGCACUAAUAGCACUGACGAAGGCCCAUUUAGUUGUCAUCAAACUCAGUGGGCCUGUAGAGAACAAUAUCAGAAGUCAGCUCAAAGACAUCAAGUGCCUCAUAUACAGUACCGAGGUUAUGUUGUCCUCAACCCCAACUGACAGGUCCAACUACCUGAAGGGUUCUCUGGUUCUGUAGUCUCAUAGAAAUCACGAUGAUGAUGCGAUUAGGCCGCAAAAUGCUUUCACUUAAUCGUGAGAUUUAUAUUGGUACUGGAUGUGGACGCAGACUAUAAAACCUUGUUACGUGAGAAGGAAGCCAUUUUUAUGCAUCUUGUGUGCUUCAACUUGAUUGUCAGGAACAGGCCUUUUAGCUACCUAUGAUGCCGUGUCACACUGAUGUCAUGUCCAUGGUGUCUUUUCUUAGAAUUUGGGGGGUUUACCUGGGUACAGAGGGUACAUUCUACAAUUAAAUACUUCGACAUGGUGGGUAUUUUACAGGCUGAUUCCAGUAUGUUUAGACUUGAUGUAAUUAAAUUUGACUAUUUUUAGGCCAAUAAAGAAAGAAAGAACUAGAGCUGGGUGACGAUAUGGGUGCCUACACGAUACCUUACUUUGAGGAAUAUGAACAUGUUUGUACCCUUUUUCUUUCCAUUUAUCAAAAUACAAUCAAUUCAUCAGUGUAAAAUAAAUAAAAAAAACUUACUCAAUAGUUAGAAAACUUUGCACAUUUAAAUCAGGAACUAGUGAAUCAAAUAAUAAGUAAAUAUGUCUAAGAAUCUGACCAAGUAUUGAAUACUAAUUUUUGAUACUCGUUGCUACAGACCCAUUAGCGGUCAGAAUUAAAAUAAAUAAAUAAAUAAAAGUAUUGAUGUUUGAUACCCAACUCGAUAAAGGACAUAUUUUUAUUCCUAUUAGUUUGGAUAAGGCUUUGAAACUGUUCUAAAAUGUGGAGAAACUAUAAUAGAAAAGUUGACUGUAUAAAUAAAAUAUGCAAAAGUCAAAUCAUUAAAAGGAGGGGGGGACCCUCAGUAUUUCUAAAAACCCUCUCUGUGCUCCCUUGUCAGGACCCUCAAAUUAAUAUUGUAUAGAAGGAAUGGAUGCUAACCUCUUCAGCUGUGUCUAAUUCAACAGUUUUUUUUUCAUGCUUAUUGUGUCCUCAGGGAUCAAUAAUACAACAGAGAUACAC